GACACACCGCUGGACGCAGUUCCCCAUUCCACGUCUCUCCCGUCAUUGCGCUCCUCCUCCUCCUCCUCCUCCUCCUCCUCCUCCUCCCUGUCCUGCCGCCGCCCUUGGAAAAGUGGGGCUCUCGCGGGGGGAAAAUGGCAGCGGCCUCGGUGGUCGGGAUGGAGGAGAUGAAGUUCCAGUACUUCUCCUCCAUUAACUCCAUGGCGCGCAAGAUCAUGGAGGAGCGCGAGAAGGUCAAGGAGAAGUUCGGCGCGUCCUGGAACGAGAUGAGCCCGAGCGAGCAGGACGCGGCCAUCGACGGCGCCAUGGUGGACCCGCAGGCCCGCGCGCGCUACGCCAUGCACCGGGUCGAGCGCGAGGAAGUGCCGUGCUACCCGCGGCUCGCGCUGCACACGGGCCAGAAGGUGGUGCACUUCGGGGACGAGGACAUCACCUGGCAGGACGAGCACUCGUCGCCUUUUUCCUGGGAGACAAGGAGUCAGAUGGAGUUCAGUCUGACUUCAGCUCCCCUCCCAGAACAAGGCAGCUAUUCCCUGCAGGCGGAUUCUAAAUCCAGCAAGGCCCCGCAGGCCAGUCAGCCAGCCAAGGUGUCCCAGGUCAGCAAGGUAUCAAACGGUGAGAGCGCUGUCUUGGGCCGGAAGGAGGAGGAGUCUUCCUUCUGGAAGAUCAGCGCUGAGAGGUCCAAGCUGGAAGGGGAACAGGCCGACUUCCACUCACUCACACCAAGCCAGAUCAAGUCCCUAGAGAAGGGGGAGAAGCCACUCCCCUCGUACCUGAGGCCGGAGUCGUCCUCGCGGGAGACUGAGGAGCCACCGCGGGUGGCGAAGCCCCGCACACAGAAACCGCCCGCCCCCCCACCCCCGGUUGCCAUCAGCGUGCCCCCAGCUCCUUUGAGCGUCUCGUCCACCGUGGCGGGCUGGGAGAGGUCCCAGAGCACGCUGCCUUCCAUCAGCACCCUGCCCUCUGUCAGCACUCUGGACGACGUGUUCACCCCAGGACCUGCCACCAAGUCGCCCAGCCCGUCCGGCCUGGAGAAGGCGGAGUCUCCCCUCGCCUCCAGCCCAUCAUUCUCUCAGUUCAACACAAGCAGUAGCGUUCUGAAGACUGGUUUUGACUUCUUGGACAACUGGUAAUGAUCAGUGGCUCCGGCUCCAGCGCCAGACGCUCACCCCCACUCUCUCAGCGAAACGGCUCCGUCUUUCUCCCUUGAUGCCUAAAGCGUACCGUAGUAUUAAUUGCGUGCUGUGCCCUGCACAAGGGCAUCUAUUAAGCAAUAUAAGGUACAUUUUCCUUUCCACCGAGAAAUCCUUUUCCUUGUAGUUACACACUUUACUCUGACCUCAUACUAGUGCAAUGCUAAUAUGUGUAUUUAUACUAUAUAAACACUAAAGGUGGUGUGUUUGAAAUAAAACAGCAUGUUUUUAAUUCCGAUUCAUAUUCCUCUAAAGCUGCAUUUCCUGUCAUUUUACAUUAUUAAA